ACACUUCCGGGACCAUUUUUACAGAGACAGAAGAGGAAGCGAGACACUCCAUAUGUUUUUAUUCCGUUUAAAUUAACGUAAGUAUACAAGACCCCUCUGCUAUUGCAUUGGCGUCUACGGGAGACACCCUGUUAAACCGGAACUCACCGCUUUUUCCAAUGGUAAACAGCCGAAGUGAGCUAUCUUCGUUUAUGCACCAUCUUUGAUUUUUAUAUCAGUGGAGGCGAACUGAAGAGGGCUCUGGGAUGCUAACUGAAAACACCAAUUGACGUCGCUUCCUCGUUUCUGGCGUAAUCGCUACACGGAAAAUAAAUGACUAAAUGCAUCCAGGACCACAUUGAAAGAUACCUGUGAAAGCUCUCGCUCCCCCACCCCAAUGUCGAGGUCGCAGUGACGGGGCUGGGCAGAGGCAGAGCCCGGUGCCCCGGCCCCUUUGCCCAGCUGAGGAGCAGCCCCUGACAGGGAGCGCACCAUCUCCCUGUGCCUCGUGUCCUCUGGGCGGCAUUUUGAGCCAUGGAGCACCCACGGGAAAAAGAGGGUGAGCGACCGGCGCGCAGCAGCAAGGCGGGUCAGGGGCGCAGCGGGCACUCGCGCCCCUCUGGAUCAGGCUCCUCUGGCGUGCUCAUGGUUGGGCCCAACUUCCGUGUGGGCAAGAAGAUUGGUUGUGGUAACUUUGGAGAGCUGAAGCUAGGUAAAAACCUCUACACCAAUGAGUAUGUUGCAAUAAAAUUGGAACCAAUAAAGUCAAGGGCACCACAGCUGCAUUUGGAGUACCGGUUUUACAAAACAUUAGGCAGCACAGCGGAGGGUCUUCCUCAGGUCUUCUACUUUGGGCCGUGUGGGAAAUACAAUGCCAUGGUGUUAGAGCUGCUGGGCCCCAGUCUAGAAGACCUCUUUGACCUCUGUGACAGGACCUUCUCUCUCAAGACAGUCUUAAUGAUGGCUAUUCAGCUGCUCUCACGGAUGGAGUACGUCCACUCCAAGAACCUCAUCUACCGAGACGUGAAGCCAGAGAACUUCCUCAUCGGGCGGCAGGGGCACAAGCAGGAGCACAUCAUCCACAUCAUUGACUUUGGCCUGGCUAAAGAGUACAUCGAUCCCGAGACCAAAAAACACAUUCCUUACAGGGAGCACAAGAGUCUCACAGGGACCGCCCGCUACAUGUCUAUCAACACCCACUUGGGAAAAGAGCAAAGUCGACGGGAUGACCUGGAAGCCUUGGGCCACAUGUUCAUGUAUUUCCUACGAGGGAGUCUGCCGUGGCAAGGACUCAAGGCUGACACCCUGAAGGAGCGAUACCAGAAGAUUGGCGACACCAAGCGCAACACUCCCAUCGAGGUCCUCUGUGAAAGCUUUCCAGAAGAGAUGGCCACGUACCUGCGCUACGUGCGGCGGUUGGACUUCUUCGAGAAGCCCGACUACGAGUAUUUGAGGACUCUGUUCACCGAGCUGCUUGAGCGCAAAGGAUACCUUUUUGACUACACCUACGACUGGGAUGGCAGAGCGAUUCCUACUCCAGUGGGGUCUGUCAACGUGGACUCUGGUGCGUCUGCCAUCACGAGAGAGAGCCACGCUAACAGAGACAGGCCCUCUCAGCAACAACCCCUACGGAACCAGAUGGCAGCAUCAGACCGCAGAGGAGCAUGGGAUGCACAGCCCCACCGACAGACAAAUUCCUCCUACCUGAGCAGCUCCCACCUGGCUGCAGACAGGCAUGGGGGCUCUGUGCAGGUGGUAACCUCUACCAAUGGGGACCUGAAUGCAGACGACCCAAUGACGGCCCAUUCCAACGCACCUAUCACAGCGCAGGCCGAGGUGGAGGUGGUGGAAGAGGCCAAGUAUGUAUCUGGCACUUCGUCUUCUGUCGUAGCUAGCUCUCUCUCUGUCGUAGCUAGCUCUCUCUCCCUGUCUCUCUGUCCUAGCUAGCUGUCUCUCUCUCGUAGCUAGCUGUGUCUCUCUCGUAGCUAGCUGUCUCUCUCUCGUAGCUAGCUCUCUCUCUCUCUCUCUUUGUCGUAGCUAGCUCUCUCUCUCUCUGUCGUAGCUAGCUCUCUCUCUCUGUCGUAGCUAGCUCUCUCUCGCUCUCUCUCUCUCGGUCGUAGCUAGCUCUCUCUGUCGUAGCUAGCUCUCUCUCGCUCUCUCUCUCUCUCUCGGUCGUAGCUAGCUCUCUCUCUGUCUCACGUUCUCUCUCCAUCUCUCGCUUGGUCAUCUGUCUCUUUCAGUAGCACUUUGUUAUUAUUUGUAUUGGAAGACAAUUUACAACAGCAAGUGGUCAUUGGAGUCAUUUCUUUACUAUGACUUUUGCUCAAUCCAUGAGAUUGACUGAUUGUCCAAUCCCAACCUGUUUGAAGCUCAGUCAAAGAGGAUUUGAUCCAAGAAGUCAAACUGCUUGAGUCAGGAUCAAGUCCAAACAAGUUGUCUCUUGUGGCUGGAACCUGUUCGGACCGGAUGGGGUUUUGAUGGGGGAUCUCCUGAUAAACUGAUCAUCUGCAACAAAUCCAAAUUUGAUUCCGUUAGUUUCAAUUACAAUAUGAGGGGAAAAGUUAUGAAGAUUAUCUGAAUUAUUUUAUUAAAAUGUUCUGAAAAUAUACCAACUAGCUAAAACAAAAACUUUCAAAAUAAAAAGCCACAUCCUUGUUUAGUAAGAAUCUGUUCUACCUGUGCAAUCAUCAUUUCAAAAUAGUGAAUAAGUACCAUAUACCUAACUUCACAUUCAAUGUCAUCUAGUAGAUUUACAGAUGAUAUCCCUAUUCUGAUUAUUCCCUAUGAUUGUCCUUUCCUCCAUUGCCCAGACACAGUUUUGUCUGUUACCCGUGUGUAUGUAUGUGCAUGCAGUUCUACAUUUCAGAAGGACUAUCUUGAGUUGUUGUCCCUCUCUUUCUCUCUCUGUACAGUAUUAAUAUGUCUUUUCUCCUCACACUCUGUAGCUGCGUGAAAAUGCUCAACCUGUGGUGAGUCUCCGCUCCCAUGCACAUCAGCCAUUCAAAAGGGAGUGGACCAGACUAGCACCAGACAACAUAUCCAGCACUGUGUUGGUUUCUUGGCUUCACCCCUUCCAUUAAACAAAUUACUAUGUUACUUUCCUAUUGGGUUUUAGGCCUCUCACAUGAUGUGAUUUAAUAUCCUUUUCACACUACUGAGAGGAGCUGAAGGAUGGUUAUGUAGCUCAAAUGUAAAGCUUUUGAGAGUUUGUUGAGUGAACUGGAAAGACGAAUGCCUGGGCCACACAAAGAUUUUGUUUUCUGUCAAGAACGGAUUUGCGAAUGGCGUUCUUACAGGGCACGCAAAGAAUUAGAAGGUUGGUUCUACAGUUAUUAACCUGCGUCCUUGUACAAUCUAAUUGCAGAACUUGACAAAUGUUUUUGGGCCAGCUGGGUAGCAUACAGAGUCUGGGUGUAUUCCCUCCCCAUUGAAUGUUUGCUUUCUUCUUCACCGUCACACUCUCACACUCAUUCUUAUACCUGUUAAAUGUUCAACGUCCAUUCUUUAUUACCUCUAACCCGUACGUGUCACUUUUGGGUUUGUUUACAAGCUGACAUUUUGAAUAUUUUAAGUUGUGAAUUGAGUGCAACAUGAGUCUUAAGGGAUAAUAGUGAGAGAUACACACGGAGUAUACCAAACAUUGAGGACACCUGUUAUUUCCAUGACCGACUGACCAGGUGAAAGCUAUGGUAGUCACUUGCUAAAUCCAACUCUAUCAGUGUAGAUGAUUGGGAGGAGACAAGUUCAAGAAUGAUUUUUAAGCCUUGAGACAAUUGAUACAUGGAUUGUGUGUGCGCCAUUCAGAGGGUGAAUGGGCAAGACAAAACAUUUACACUAAGUGCCUUUGAACGGUGUAUGGUAGAAGGUGCCAGGCGCACUGGUUUUUGUCAAGAACUGCAACGCUGCUGGGCUUUUCAUGCUCAACAGUUUCCCGUUUGUAUCAAGAUUGGUCCACCACCCAAAGGACAUCCAGACAACUUGACACAACUGUGGGAAACAUUAGUGUCAACAUGGGCCAGCAUCACAGUGGAAUGCUUUCGAUACCUUGUAGUCCGUGCCCUGACGAAUUGAGGAUGUUCUGAGGGCACAGCCUCAAUUCUUUAGGUGUUCCUACUGUUUGGUAUAUUCAGUGUAGAUUGUCAAGUAACUGUCCUUCCUUUUCUCCCUCUUCUCAUUCCUUUCCUCUCAGGUGCUGUUGCUUCUUCAAGCGAAAACGGAAGAAGAACACUCCACGGCAGAAAUGAGCUCCUGCAACUCUGUCCGAUGUCACUGAGCGGGUUUGGUUUUAAGGAAACUAAUUAAGGGGCAUUUCCAGUUGUAGUUGGGAGAGAGACUUUUUAUUACGAGAGAUAUGCGAUUCUUAAUGACCCGGACCUACUGAAUGACCUUCGCCACAGAGACCUUUCUUUGAUAAUUUGACCACUGACACUCCCUCUGGAUACCGGAGAACAUCUCUUAAUCUUCCUCAGUUUUUUUUCUUCCCUUUUGCUCAAGUGGAGAUCAAAGUCAAAUAUCCCUCCCUCUCUUUGAGGGAGUGAGGAGACCAGUCUUGCAGUCUAUAGACCCCAUAUUUUUUCUGUCUCACGUCUCUCUCUUGCGCUCUCUCUCCCCAUUCACCAAACACUCUCACAUCCCCAGUAAAAGCAGGUCUUAAGCUGUCCCUAAUUGUUUGCUUUUUGUUCAUGCAUAUUUAUGUCUGUACAUAUGUGUGGAUGUAUGAAUGUGUCCUAAUGGUUAAUUGAUUCAUAUGCCACCCAGCCCCUCCCACUUAGCUCUGUUUGACUGUCUUGGAAGUAUAGGCGAUAUUAGGGCAAUUCCACAUCAGGACAGCCUGAAAAUAUUUUGGGAGUAUCAAAUUGUUCUUGCAAUUCUCACAUAGAAAGUUCAUUGGAAGGAAGAAUGUUUGACAUGCUUUUUACAUUUGUAUCACAUUUUUCUUCUAUCAUAAUGAAAGUGGUUUUCUGGUACUUUGGAAGAUACAGUAUGACCCAUUUUAUACAUAGAUGUUGACAUUAUAGGUCAUUAACCAAUCACAUCCCUCCUUUAGAAUGGCACAUUUAGCAAUUCACCAGCAGAGGGAGUUCCCUUUUUUUAAUCCAUUUUCCCAUUCAACUGUGUUGGUGGUGCUUAUAAAAGCCUACUCUGGAAAUGUGAUGUACUUGUAGAGUAUAUAUAUUGUUUCAAACAAUGUCCUAAAAUGAGCUAAUCUAAAAUUGUAUUUCAGAAUGUAGACAUAGUCCAUAUGUUAGAGCACACUAUAAGGAGUAUAAUGACACCAAGAUGUUCUGUGUCAUGUAUGGUGCAUGGAUCAUAAGAUCUUACAGGAGGCAUGUAUAGGUCUAAAAAGGGCCUAAAAUUGCUACUUACAUCAUGAUUAUCAAAAAAAAAAAAGCAUGUCAAACAUCCUUCCUUCAAAUGAAGUUUCUAAAUGAGAAUUUCCAUAGCAAUCCAAGUGUCCCAAAAAUAUUUUCGGGCUGUCUUGGCACAGAAUGGCCCAUUUAUAAAUAAUACUACAAAGUCCUAAAGUAACCUCUUGCUCCAAGCCGAGACACCGCUUCAUGUCCCCUCAUAGAUCUGCAAAGACGUGACCGGUGUAAGCAGUAUGUUAAUAGUUCCACUUUUGCUUCUGGUUGGCUAAGUGAAGUUUCCACCACAUUGCUCAACACACAUCCAGUUCUUUCACAUCUAUAAGGGUUUAUUUGGGAUUGGGCAUAAGUAGUCAAAGCAGAAAGAAAAGGUAGAAAAGGAGGGAACAGCGAAAGACCAGCACGUUCCUAAUGCAUCCCUGCCAGGGAAAUAAACCUGCUUGUACUAUUCACCUCACAAGUCACUUACUACAUUUGCUUGGUACCUCCAUAUUUGUAUUAAAAACUACUAAAAGUGCUAAUUAGAAGGAUAAGCAAGAAAAAUGUAAGACAGCAGUUGGUGAGUGACCAAAGGGAUGUGUGUGGAAAGAGGACCAGUUGUUACCAGAUUGGGAUUUAUUUCUGAAAAUGAUUUGAAUUCUAGAUCCCUGUGUUUGAUGCACUGUUCAUUAUAGCAAAUGCACAUCAUUGCUUGUAACCACUCACUCCUUUUCAACUUCAGGCCUUGGUCUAUUGUACAUUUUUGGGGGAGACAAUCUAUCGACAAUAGAUCAGUUACGAGUUGCAUUUUGCAUUGCUUUAGUUAACAUUGCACGUACCCCUAAACUGGUCCCUGUUAUCCACAAACACUUAGAUUUCUCUGUGUGGAUGAAGGAAAAGUUGCUUCCAAAUGCUGAUCUAAGGUCAGUUUAGCUUUUUUACCUCCUAAUAUUUAAGGCUAGGAUUGGGAUAGAAUGAACUGAUCCCAGAUGUGUACUUCGGGGCAGCUUCUACCGCCAGUCUGUCUGUAUACAGAAUCUUGGAUAAGGAGAACAGACUUAGCUCUCCCAUUGAUUUAGAUGCUACUGCUCCCUCUUCUGGCCUUAACAUGGAAUGCCUUAAUCAGAUCACCUCUCAUUAGAGCCUAUCAGGAUAGGUGUCUGGUCACUGCAACAACAUACCAGCCAAUAAGAAGACAUGCAUGUUGACGAGUCUGAUUCCAAAAAACCGGCUGUUCUCAACUCCAAUCCUGGGGUACCAUCUGGUGUUGCACAUUUAUGUUCUAGCCCUGCCCUAACACACCUGAGUCACUAAGUUAAAGCUUCAAUGCAGCCUUUUUUACAUGUAUUUUUAUCUCCAUAUCAAAUUCGUUCUGGGUAACAAUUAAGUACCUUACUGGCAUUGUUUUAAAUUUAAAAUGGUCAAAAUGAAAGACUUAACAAAGAGCAAUUUCUCAAGCUAUUUUUUUGCUCUGACUGUCAGUGAUCUGAGUGGGGAGGGGAUAACUGUAAACGAGCUGUUAUUGGCAGAGUGGUGAAUUUCACAGUAUUGUUCCAACCUCAUAGUGUGGAAAUGUAUAUAAAACACAGAAGAAUCAUGUUUUUGACUGCACUGGGCCUUUAAGUAUUUGAAUCAUGCCUGUUAGUGCUGGGCCUGAAACAAAAAAGCUGCAGUGCUGCGGUGUGGACCUUCAAGACCUGGACUUAAAGCCCCCCAUGCAGUCUUUACUAUUUAAUUUUAAAUCAUCACUGUGUCUAAUAAAUCACUGUUUAUUUCAUGAAAAUAACAAAUAUAUUUUUGAUCAUUUAAUACCCUGAGCCUUCUUUGGCCCUUGAAAUGCUGUCUGACCAUGUGGGCGUUAGGAAAUACGUUUGAAGAUACACAGCCAUAAUUCCGUUUACAAUAACCCGAAAAAUAUUGAGUCCCGGUUAUGUGAAACCAGGAUAAGAUACUUGAGAUAUGCUGAUCUUAGACGGGAUACUGUGGCAUGUAAACAUCUCAUCACUGUUGACUGUUGUUUUUUGCAGUCUGCACAGGCUCAGUUGCGCAUAUCAUUGGUGUUGUGUGAUGUUUUCAUCAGUCAAACAAAUCACUCCAAAGAGAGGGCGAUUUUGCGCUGUUCGAUCCAUCAUAAUUCCAUAAUAAUUGAUUUUGCUGAUACUCUGUACUGGACUGUAUAGCAUGCUGGCUACUUUCACCCCUAAUUUAGACACUUCUGCUUAUAAUUUCCGACAUUUGGUAGGUCGAAUCAUUUCGGACAUUUGGUAGGCCAUUUCUUUGUCAACUAUAGUUAGAUACAUGCAUAUUUUCUUCUGUCAUAACUUGUUGCCAUAGAAUACUAAAUAAAGUAGUGCUCACCAGAAUGUCUUACAUCGAUAGAAUGAAUGCAUUACACAGGAGGUUGGUGUCACCUUAAUUGGGGAGGAUGGGCUCGUGGUCAUGACUGGAACGGUAUAAGUGUCAAAAACAUGGUUUGAUGCAAUUCCAUUCGCUCCGUUUCAGCCAUUAUUAUGAGCCGUCCUCCCCUCAGCAGCUUUGACUGCUGCAUUCGUAAUCUUGUUAACACCAGUAAAGUUGUCUGUUUCGUUUAGGGACCGGGAGAAAACGCAAUAACUCCAAAACAGUGGAAAGAUUGGCCUUGAGCAAAAUGACCAAUGUCAUCAGUUUGACCGGUUUAAAGGAAAUGAAAAGCAGAGAACUAUGAAACAUUUCUGUUAAGACUUCAGUUCUUCUUGGGUGCAUAUUUUAUGUGCUUGAAAUACUGUAUUCUGGCAUAACGGUGUCAAAGAUAACACAUUACAAUCGCCAAAGCAUUUUCUCAAGAGAUGCUGAUAGAAAGAAAUCAUAUUUCUCCACUCCUGUUCCCGAGACAAAAUUAUAAUUUGUUGUAUCAUAGUACUGCAAGAAAUCCAUAAUUCUGCAGGAGUUAAUAUUAUAUUAUGCUACAUGUGAGAUGUUAUAGGCCUACAGUAAGUAUUUCAGUUACUUUCCCAUUUAACCCAUAUUAACUAUAAUGACUAAUAUUCUGUUUAUACUCAUGAACGGGAUAUCGAAGGUGCAUGUAAACAGCAUAUCCCGAAUAAGAAUUUAAGCGGAAUAUGAGCUACUGUCCGGAAUACUGUGCGCAUGUAAACGUGGUCACUAUUUAGCCUGUGGAAAUGGUCGCAUUUUGUGAGAUGAUACUGUGGUGUGUCUCAAUUUAAAUCAAUAUUAGCGCAGACAUCGUUGAGAAAGCAGAAUUUGAAUAUUUAAAAUAUAGGAACCUCCUUUGUGUCCUAUGUAAUGUCAUCGGAGUGAAAGGAAGUGAAUGGCCUCUGCAGUCAAAACAUUUGAGGUUGUGAAAUGCUGAACUUGAGAAUGAUAUUCAACCCACCCCAGUGUUGACCCCUGAAUGGUUAUCUUGUCUGUUUCGAUAUAUUGUUUUGUUGUUAAUGUGAACAAAAAAUGUAUAAUGUACUGUAAUUUUACAAAAUGUAAUCAUUGAAUGACCUUGCUUUUUGGUGGGGGAAGGUGUUUAAACAGUGAUUGAGUGCACUACUUCUGCACCUACUGUUGUCUGUAGUUAGGAUUCCGGUCUCGUUCUCUACCAUCUCGAUCGGGUGUGUCAAACUCAUUCCAUGGAGUUGGACUAGUGUCUGCUGGUUUUUUUAAAUUUUUAUUUCAAUUAAGCCCUAGGCAACCAGAUGAGGGGAGUUCCUUAUUAAUUAGUGACCUUAAUUCAUCACUCAAGUACAAAGAGGAGCAAAAACCCGCAGACGCUUGGCCCUCCGUGGGAUGAGUUUGACACGUGAUCUAGGUACUAUCCACUUUCAUUUGUGUGUUAUGGAAAUGGUGGAAAGAACUCGUGGCCUUGAGGCAAGGCUGGGGGAAUUGUCAAUUUCCUUAUAUGCUUCUAUUGAAUAACUCCCUUGUACACAGACACACAGGCGUGAAACCCAAGCACAGUGUUCAUUAUUUUUACUUUUUUGUCUUUUGGCAGGAUCCCAAGUUAACACUGACUAAUGCCCCCUGGUGUGCAGGAGGACUUUUGUCUUUCCUAUGAUGACACAUUUAUCUUUGGCAUGUCCACUCCCUAGCUGCCUUUUAUGGAUGGACAAACAAAUGUUCUGUAUAUUUUUGAGUAACAGAGUUUUUGUGUGCUGUGUGUGGAUUUAAGUUAUUUCAAAUGUACUUGAAUGGAAAGAUAUGGGACGAGUCUUAGUGGAAUGUCAGGAUUUACUCAGAUGCCAUUGUCGGACUAAAUUAUGUGCGUAUGAGCAAUGUUCUUUAUGCAUGGAUUGGUCAAUUGAUUGAUUGAUUUACCCACAUGUCAUUGAGGCUUUUAGACAUCAAUGCUGACCACAGCAGGCUAAUUGUGUAGUGGGUAAAAGUCCAGGCUUAGGCUGUUGUCAUGUAUCUCUCGCUCUAUCUUCCUUUUGCUCUCAUUCAACUCUUUGUUGAGGACUUCCUCCCUUCCUUGAAGUAAUUACUGAUCUAACCAGAGGAGGCUGGGGUUCUAUAGGAGGAUGGGCUCAUUGUUAAUGGCUGGAAUGGAAUAUAUGGAACAGCAUGUUUGACUCCGUUCCAUGUAUUCCAUUCCAGCCAUUAACAAUGAGCCUGUCCUCCUCUGGUUAGAUCAGUAAUGAUUUGACAGGUGAAAGUGAUGACUUUUCCCUCAUGGCUUUCACCUGUCCAGUCAUAUCUAAUUAGUGAUUGCUUAAAUGACAGGGAGAAAGGACAGUGUUCGUACCAGGACUUUUGACUUGCUAUGAGGCUGGUGCAGCACGGAGGUGCUGACCCUAGGGUUUCUUGAAAGGACAGAGGACUUCCACUGACCUCCACACGCCCCUGGUGGCAGUAUAUAUUUGCCCAUACAGCUGUCUGAUCCCACUGUGGGUCAUUUUGAAGCCUUACAUUCCCAUUGCUCCAUGACAUGUUAACAUAACCCCCUCCAAUGGCAGGGUUUGUUUGAGAUGUCACUCACUGUAUUGGGAUAAUCUAUGGAUAGAUGUAUACCUCAGAGAAAAGCCAUUUCUGACUCUCUCACCACACACAUGCACAUUCUCAUUCCCUUUCUCCUUUUUGCUCUCUCACUCAGUCUUUGCUCCCCAGUGCCAGCUUGUUGACCUCUGGUGCCAAGGGCGCUGAAAUGUUAGCGUGUUGUAGACAUGAGCCCUAUUCUCUGCUCUUAAGAUGGUGUCAUUUUAGACCCAUUUGGUGGGUUAGCUGGAUCAUUGCAAGUGAUUUUGAAAAGCCAUUCAAAAUAAAAAUAAUUUGCCAUGUUAUGCUUGUGUGACAACCAUACCAUCUCAGAAUUUGUGUAGUGAAAUAUUAUUUUGCUUUGGCGCAUUUAGGUGACAUGAGGCUUCUACUAUAGUAAUAUUGCUUAUGAUUACAGAUGAUUUGCUUCUUUCAUUAAGUAUUCUAGGCCUGCUUGUUUUGCUUGAUCCCAACCACCAAAGUUAUUGUUUUGUCAUCCCUGUUUUCUUAUUAUUGUUCAUUUUUAUUAAGGAAACCACUUUAUCAAUAUAUGUUUUGCCAACUUUUGUGUAACAUGUACAUAUGAGAAGUCCUCUCUAAAUUAUUUAGUUGCUGCAGAGGGGGCAUGGCUUUUUACCCUCCAUCAGCAACCAGAAGAUGACACUGAGUCAGAUGGCUUUGGCUGGUUGUAUCCUCAUGCCUUCUGCAUACUGCAUAAAGGGGUAGAUUUCAUUCUAUCGGAGGUCUUUUCAUUGGUUUUAAGCACAAAGUUAUUGUAUUGGUAUACUUUGUGUACUUUUAAAUAAUACUGUCCUGCUUAAAUGAGCAAGGCCCACCAGGGCCUUAAUGACCAUUUUUCAUUCUUACUGUCAUUCCAGAUCAUCUCUGCACUUUCUCAGUGUUUGAGGGACCAUUUAUCAACAGUUGCUUGCAUUUGUCUACAGAACUGUGUAGGGUGCAAGCUGCAAAUACUGCUCAAGUGAAGACUUCCUGACAUUACCUUCAGUUGCUUAUAUACUGUAGACCUCCAGUGGUUAGAGACAAGACUGCAAUAUUGUACUGAUUAUUUUUAAUUGUAAAUUAUGUGAAGUUUAUUUUGUUUUUAUGUUCAAAUUGGAGUCUAUUUUCUCAGCCUGGUUUUCUUUUCACCCUCUUCAAAGCUGUGGAACGCAAACUUGUACAGUGCUAUGAGAGCUUAUGUCUCGUGUUCUCUGGUAAUGGUUUCAAAGCUAUGAAUAUAAGAAUCAAGUCUUAAAAUUGUAUUGUGUAUAUUGUGUUGAAACAUGAAUGUUACUUCAAAAUGUAUUUGAACGCUUUAACCAACCUAGUUAAGGGCUCCUAUCCUGAAAAACCCCUCGUGUUUUUUUUUCAGGUUUUUGAAUUCCUUUUUUUGGGGGGGGGGUUGGACUGUCAUAUUAUGCCUACUUCCCAGAGGCCUCUAGUGAAACAUGUCAUGGGACCUUUCCAAAAUUUCACUACACUACUUCAAAAUAACUCAACUCAAGUUUGCACCCAUUUUUUAUGUAAAAUAAAAAUCUCUCUUAACCUUUA